UUAAAAAAUGAGUGAAGCAGCUUGUGAUACAAAAAAGGAACCAUUUCUCCUCUGCUUUGAAGAACUCGCCAACUCAAGCAUAAUAUAGAAACCCAGAAGAAUGUUUCGAGCAUUCAAUCUGAGGCGUUCUGCCCAGACCUUACUCAAACCACAUUGUUCUUCGAAACCCUCCUCGCUCCCUAACUUUGAGGCCCUGAAAACAUUAACUUCGGCUCCUCAAAACCCUUUCAACGUAAACCCUAAUCCCAAUUUCAUUCGUUCAUUCUGCUCUUCUCCAUCCUCUUCUUCUCUUUCGGAUGCCGAAAUCCGCAAAUACUUGGGCUACUUCGCACUUCUACUCGGCUGUGGUAUCGGCACUUAUUACUCAUUCCCAUUCUCUGAAGAUGCCAAGCACAAGAAAGCUACCAUUUUUCGGUAUGCUCCGUUGCCGGAAGAUCUCCACACUGUUUCAAAUUGGAGCGGGACCCAUGAAGUCCAAACUAGGGUUUUUCUGCAACCAGAGAAUAUGGAAGAGUUGGAGAAGAUCGUGAAGGAUGCGAAUGAGAAGAAGCAGAAGAUUCGUCCUGUUGGUUCUGGGUUGUCGCCCAAUGGUAUUGGGUUGCAGAGAGGUGGAAUGGUGAGUUUGGCUUUGAUGGAUAAGAUUUUGGACGUUGAUAAGGAGAAAAAGACUGUGAAGGUUCAAGCUGGAAUUAGAGUUCAGCAACUGGUUGAUGGGAUCAAGGAGCAUGGGCUUACAUUGCAGAAUUUUGCUUCCAUCAGGGAACAACAGAUUGGUGGGAUCAUUCAGGUGGGUGCACAUGGUACUGGUGCAAGGUUGCCUCCCAUUGAUGAGCAGGUGAUCAGCAUGAAGCUGGUUACUCCCGCCAAGGGAACAAUAGAGAUUUCAAAAGAAAAAGAUCCGGAACUGUUUUAUCUAGCUCGUUGUGGUCUUGGGGGCCUUGGAGUGAUUGCUGAAGCCACAAUCCAAUGUGUUGAGAGACUCGAGCUCGUGGAGCACACAUUUGUCUCUGACAUGAAUGAGAUUAGAAAAAAUCACAAGAAAAGGCUCGCUGAAAAUAAGCAUGUGAAAUACUUGUGGAUUCCAUACACAGAUACAGUUGUGGUUGUGAGUUGCAACCCUGUUUCAAAGUGGAAAGGUCCACCUAAGUACAAACCUAAAUAUGGGAAGGGUGAAGCACUACAGCCUGUUCGUGAACUCUACCAGGAGUCACUCAAGAAAUAUGCAGCUGUAGGAACAGCUGAUCAAUUUUCACCAAGUAAUGAACCAGGCAUUAAUGAGCUUUCAUUCACUGAACUGAGGGAUAAACUUCUUGCACUUGAUCCACUCAAUAAAGAGCAUGUCAUAAAGGUCAAUCAAGCCGAAGCUGAAUUCUGGAAGAAGUCCGAGGGUUACAGAGUGGGUUGGAGUGAUGAAAUUCUGGGAUUUGAUUGUGGUGGCCAACAAUGGGUCUCAGAGACCUGUUUCCCUGCAGGAACCUUACCUAAGCCAAGCAUGAAAGACCUUAAAUACAUUGAAGAUUUGAAGCAGCUCAUUGAGAGGGAAGGGAUAGCAGCACCUGCUCCUAUAGAGCAGAGGUGGACUGCACGGAGUAAGAGCCCUAUGAGUCCUGCUUCAAGCACAGGGGAAGAAGACAUAUACUCAUGGGUGGGAAUAAUCAUGUACCUUCCUACAAUGGAUGCCCGCCAGAGAAAAGAAAUUACGGAGGAGUUCUUCCAUUACAGGCGCUUGACUCAGUCACGGUUAUGGGAUGAAUAUUCUGCUUAUGAACAUUGGGCUAAGAUUGAGGUUCCGAAGGAUAAGGAAGAGCUUGCAGCCCUCCAAGCGAGAUUAAAGAAGCGCUUUCCAGUUGAUACGUACAACAAAGUUCGGAGGGAGUUGGACCCCAACAAAAUCUUUUCUAAUGCCAUGUUAGAGAAGCUGUUUCCGUUACCACAAUCCAGCUGAGACUUCAGAGGAAUACUUCUCCAAAAGAAGUGAGAUGUUAUUAUUUUUUCCCCUUUUGAUUCAAAAUGAGGCAUAAUUAUAUUCAUUUUGUACUUU